AUGACCACCCUCAGCCCCCUAACACAAGCCCAACUCAACGCCGCAUCCAGCGCAGUCCUUAUCCACCAAGCGCAAGCACAGGACCUCCACAAAAAGCGACCCUUCGCAGCAAUCCUCCUAGCCCCAGACAACGAAACAAUCCUCCUCUCCUCGAACUCUCUCUCGCACGUGCGACACGCAGAAAGCGAGCUCGCGCGCAACGCUGCAGACAAUUACGACUGGGAGUACCUGGCACGCUGCACGCUGGUAUCGACCUGGGAGCCGUGUGCUAUGUGCGCUGGCACCAUCUACUGGGCGCAUAUUGGGCGGCUGGUGUAUCUGGCGUCGGAGAAGGCAUUGCAGGAGGUUAUUGGUGUUGGAAAUCCGGAGAAUUUGACGCUGGAUUUGCCUUGUCGGCGGGUCUUUGAGAAGGGGCAGACUGUAGUAGAGGUUAUUGGGCCGCUAGUUGAGGAGGGGUGGGAAAGGAGGGCCGUGGAGGAUAGUAAGCGGUAUUGGGGAGGGAGGGAGGAUUAA